GGGGUGAUUUUCAAUUGGGGUAGGGGUUGAAUAAACGAAAUUUGCGCUACUUGUUCUUCCUAUCACGUCAACGUUUCCACAGUUGAGACUUGGGACAACCCACAACCCACAGAAAUAGUAAUCUUUCCUGCUUAAACCAAAGAGAAGUAGGCAAAAUUUGUUCUUCUAUCAAAGUGAACCUUAAACAUGUCGAUCCUUGGAACCAGAACAAGCACAAGCACCCCCACCCCCACCCCCACCCCCACCAUCACCACCAACAACACUAACAUGGGUACCCCUUUCUUCCAUGAGUUGAAGAAGCAAGCUUCUUUCUUCCUCAGAGAGAAGAUCAAGACGGCACGGUUGGCUUUGACCGAUUGUACCCCUGCACAACUAGAUGACCAUUUUUGGGUUGGGUUGGUUGGGUUUGAAAGAUUGACAGAAGAAGCCACGAAUGAGAAUCCAUGGGCACCUGACACACGAACCAUGGGUUUGAUAUCCAAGGCUGCUUUUGAAGUCGAUGAUUACUGGAGAAUUGUGGAUAUCCUGCACAAAAGACUCUCCAGAUUUGACAGAAAAAAUUGGAGAGUUUCCUACAAAGCUUUGAUCUUACUGGAACACCUUCUGACCCACGGACCAGAGAGUGUUGCAGAGGAGUUUCAGGCUGAUAAAGAUGUCAUUAGGGUGAUGGAAAGCUUUCAAUAUAUUGAUGAGACAGGAUUCAAUUGGGGCCUCACUGUCAGGAAGAAAUCCGAGAGGGUGUUGAAGCUUCUGGGAAAGAGCCAACUACUCAAAGAAGAGAGAGAUCGAGCUCGCAAACUAACUCGUGGCAUUGAAGGGUUUGGCAGCUUCAGCUACCGUUCUUCCUCAACUGAAGAAACAAGCUUCAGAGACUCAUCCUUGAAAAUGUUUGAGAGGAGUCAUUCAGACUCUAACGAUCUUGGGGAGAAUAAUCAUUUCUCCUUGCAUUGUUCUGAUGAAGGUCGGAGUGAUGAGAUGAUAAAGAAGCUGUUUGACAAAAGUCUUAAAGAAAAUAAGACCCCAACAGAGGAAGAACUUACUCCAGAAGUCCAUGAAUGGGACUGCAAAAGAGAGUCAAUACCUCUUUUGGAUGAUCAGAAAGAUGAAUGCAAUGUGGGAUUUUCAAUUGAAGAAGAAGAUCAUCCAUUCAUCAUUUCUGAACUCCAAUCUACCACUUCCCUAACUUCUUGACUUCUCAACAAGCCUUGAACCUUCAACCUUUAGGUUGUAUACAAUGAUCAACACACCAUUUGGGCAACGAAGACUCUUGUACUUCUCUAGCUAGAGCCUCUGAAAUCAGUCAAGUGGGUAGACAACUUGUCUGCGAGUUUAUACAGAUGGGUUGAAUCAGUGAGUUGCUUCAUGUUGUGUCUGGCUUUUUCUUUACGAGAAAGAAGAGAUUAUCUAAGCAUUAGUGUCUUCUUGAUUAAACGAAGUUGAUGAACAA